AAUGAAAGUACGUAUGGAAGGAGCCGUUGGUCAAAACUUUCAUCCAGGACAAGCGAGCGCGAUUUAUUCGGAUCUGACAACCGGACAAAUGUUUGAGUGUGUGUGUGUGAGAGAGAGAGAGAGAGUGUGUGUGAGUGUGUGUUAACGGAAGGGAUCUAUCAGCGUGAAGCAAUGGUAUGUGUGUGUUUGAUGUGAUCGCGUGAGCAUUCCGACACCUCUCCAAUCUACAGUCCUGCUGUCAUGAAGACCGAAGAACUGCCCGUGAAGCUUUGAGAUUCAGCUGCUAGGUGGAAAAAAGAUGGAGAAGAGAUAUAAAAGGCACCUCUUGUAUGCAGCGUAUGUAUGCUUCACUGGAUGAAGUGAUUCACCAAAGACAUCUGUUCAGCAGAAAACUGUAGAUAUCAAAUCCGUUCAGAUCUCCUUAUGGCGGCCGUAUUUUUCACCUUGCUCCUCCUCCUCCCCCUUCCUCCAUACAUUUCUUCUCGUCCAUUUGCAAAGACACCAGUGACCAUCGGAGUGGACAAGAAUGUUGUCCACCAAAAUGGUGGCAGCAUUACAGUCAACCAAUCCAGCAACAAUGACAUUCAAAGCUCAAACGCAGUAGGACAUAAAGAAAGAGAACUGGACCAGAACACAAUUAAUGUCCACCCAAACAUCCAAAAUGGACAUGAGGUCUAUACAUAUCCAAGAAAAACUGGCCAAAAAAUCCAAAACAACAGUGGAACAGAGCAAACCAGCAGUGAAACCAGCCAAAACAAUGGAAAACUUGCACAUCAUCUGCCGGACAUCAUUAUCAUUGGAGUAAGGAAGGGUGGUACAAGAGCAUUGCUUGAGAUGCUGAGCCUUCACGACACCAUUGCUACUGCUCAAAGCGAGGUCCACUUCUUCGACUCGGACGCUCAUUACCAGCAGGGACUCGAGUGGUACACAUCACAGAUGCCACUGGCUCGACCUGAUCAGUUGACGGUAGAAAAGACUCCGGCAUACUUCACCUCUGUUGACGCUCCGGAGCGAAUUCUUCACAUGAACCCUUCCAUCCGGCUCUUGCUGAUUGUCCGAGAUCCUGUGGAUCGUGUUCUGUCAGAUUAUACACAAGUUCUUCACAAUCAGCUUCAAAAACACAAAGUUCCACAGCGCAUCGAGGACCUGCUGCUCCGAGAUGGGGAGCUUAACCUCAACUAUAAAGCUGUGAAUCGAAGUGUGUAUCACCCGCAUAUGCAGCGAUGGUUACGGGUUUUCCCACAUGACAGCUUUCAUAUAGUGGAUGGCGACAUGCUCAUCAGAGACCCAUUAGCAGAAAUGAAAAAAGUUGAACAUUUUUUGCACCUCAAUCCACAGAUAACCGAAGAAAACUUUUACUUUAAUCGGACGAAAGGCUUUUACUGUUUGAAGGAACAAGGUCACGAACGCUGCCUACAUGAAUCGAAGGGACGAACACAUCCAAAUGUAGCCCCAGAGAUCCUGCAGAAAUUAUGCGAAUACUUUCAGGAACCAAACAGGAAGUUCUUUGAACUGGUAGGAAGAAAGUUUGAUUGGAAGUGAGAACUGUUUAAAGAAUGGACAAGGGAAAAUAUUUGCGAUUUUGUUACAGAAGCUCGUUCAUAUGCAAAUGCAAACAGUUAUUUAAACUUAUGGGAAGAACAUUUGGGAAAUACUGUGAAAACUACACCGACAGUUACACCGACAGUUUCACCAAAAAAAGAGCUGGGUGCAAUUGCAAACCAGACUGUGUGAAUUGGUGGAAAACAGUGAAAUAUUUUGAAAACUGAUAUUUUCACGAAACAAACAGGAAGUUCUUUGAGUUUGUGGGAAGAACAUUUGACUGAAAGUGAGAAGUCAGUGAAAUCCAUGCUAGUAUUAUUCACUAGACAAACAGAAAUUGUUUGACAUCAUAACAAAGGAUUAUGCAAAAUCCUGCAAAAAGCUCAUUACAGUCCUCUGCUAGUUAGUGAAGGAAGUUGGAGAAAUUCAGCAAAUAAAAACUGCACAAAUAGUAUUGUGAAAAACUGCUUUCAUAAACAGGAGGGAAAUUUUGUCAGAGCAGGGUAGUAGUCGAAAAAUAUUAGAUGAACAUUAUAUAUUUAACCUUGGCUUAAUAAUAUAGCACAACAUUAUACAUCAUUACCACAAAACCCAUUCACCUCAACCUGACUGACUGAAAACCUGCACACACACACACACACACACACCUGGCUAAACUGAAACUGAAAACAGGAGGUUAUUUAAACUUGAGAGGAAAUUAAUUCAGUUGAAUCUGGGUCGUGAAAGCAGAAGGAGAAAAAAUGCAAGCACACACACCAUCCUCAUAAAUAGGAUUAAGAUACAGUGUGUGAAAUUCAGUGUUAUAUAAAACAUGCUGGAAACUUAACACAUGUUUGUAAACUUGUUCUUUUUAUUAUGUGUUAUAGUGAUUUUUUUUUUUAGAAUAAAUGUUUUAGGACUCAUCAGCUCUAAAUGUGAGUUUGCACCAUGUCAAAAUCUACAAUGGUUAACGAAACACAACAAUAUAUACAUUAACAAUGUUGUUGUUGUUGUUGUUUUAAGAAUGCAAGAAUAUUACCUCAUGA